AAAAACUUGAUGUUCCUCAGCCACAUUACUUAGUUUUGUGAAUGCCAUUUCUAAAAAAUAAAAGAAAAUGAAACAGUUAAAGCUUAGAGAUUUUAUUUUUUUCUUGUUCUUUUUUACUGAAUCCCUCACUCUGCCCACAAAGCCUGAGGAUGUAGAUGACUUCAAGAUUACUCAGAAAUUUAUAGAGGACAACACUGCAUUCAUCACCAUUAUCACCUUUGCUCAGUACGUUCAGGAAGCCACCUUCGAAGAUGUGGAGAUGCUGGUAAAAGACAUGGUCAACUACAAGGACAGAUGUGUGGCUAACAGGACACGCCCAGAGUGCUUCAGAUUGCCUAAUAAUGUUUUACAGGAAAAAAUAUGUGCUAUGAAGGGGCUGCCACAAAAGUACAAUUUUUCACAGUGCUGUGGUAACGUUGACUUUGAAAGGAGAAUGUGUUUCUUCCUUAACAAGAAAGCUGAUGUAGGAUUUCUGCCUCCUUUCCCUACUCUGGAUCCUGAAGAGAAAUGCCAGGAUUUCAAGAAGAGCUCGGAAUCUUUUCUAAAUCACUACGUGUAUGAAGUUGCCAGGAGGAACCCCUUUGUCUUUGGCCCCACGCUUCUCAGUGUGGCCGCUCGCUUUGCAGAGGUAGCUGGAGCCUGCUGUGAAGAGCAGCGCACGGUCGGCUGCUUUCAAAGGAGGGCAGCACCUGUCAUACAAUAUUUAAGAGCAUUUUCUGCUUAUCAAAAGAAUGUCUGUGGUGCACUUUUGAAAUUUGGGCCCAAAGUCUUAAACUUGAUAAACAUUGCUAUACUCAGUCAAAAAUUUCCCAAGAUUGGAUUUCAGGAACUUUCCUCCCUCAUAGAAGAUAUUUCUUCCAAGUAUGAUGCCUGCUGUGAAGGGGACGUUGUGCAGUGUAUCCGCAGCAUGAGCAAGGUGAUGAACCACAUUUGUUCAAAACAAGAAUCCAUUUCCAGCAAAAUCAAAGAGUGCUGUGAAAAGGAAAUCCUGGAGCGUGGAGAAUGCAUAAUCAACUCAAACAAGGAUGACAGACCAAAGGAUUUGUCACCAGGAGAAGCGAAAUUCACUGACAGUGAGAAUGUCUGUCAAGGACGAGAUGCUGACCCGGACAACUUCUUUGCUGAGUUCACUUAUGAAUACGCAAGGAAUCACCCAGGCCUGUCUAUCCCAGAGAUUCUAAGAAUCACCCACGUGUACAAGGCCCUCCUGAGCAACUGCUGUCACAUGGAGAACCCUCCAGACUGCUACCGGCAUGCGGAAGACAGAUUCAAUAAGACAACUGAGAAAAGCCUCAAGAUAGCACAGCAAGAAUGUGAACAUCUCCAGAACUGGGGCGAGAAUGGCUUGAAAUACCACUACCUCAUCAGACUUACAAAGACAGCUCCUCAGCUCUCCACUGAAGAACUGAUCUUCCUCAGCAAGAAUAUGGUGACGGCUUUGACCACCUGCUGCACGCUCAGUGAAGAGUUGGCCUGCGUUGAUAACUUGGUCGAUUUAGUUCUUGGAGAGUUGUGUGGAGUACAGAACAACCGAACCAUCAACCCUGCUGUGGACCACUGUUGUACAACAAACUUUGCCUUCAGAAGACACUGCUUUGCGGGUCUGGAAGUCGAUAAAACAUAUGUGCCUCCUCCUACUUCUAAAGAUUUAUUUACAUUUCAUGCUGACUUGUGUCAAGCUCAGAAUGAGGAGCUCCAGAGAAAGAAAGACAGGUUUCUUGUCAACCUGGUGAAGCGAAGGCGCCAACUCACAGCUGAGCAGCUGCAGACUCUGUUCACAGGAGUCACCAACGCUGUGGAGAAGUGCUGCGAGGCAGAGGCCCCAGAGGCCUGCUUUAAUGAAGAGGGUCCUAAAAUUGACGGCUGAAGCCAGGCUGCUUGAGAAACAAAGUAAAACGCAUUGAAGCAAUGUCUAACUUCUGGGCCUCCUAACUGUCCUGUGGUGAAUUCCAUUUCCUGAGAACAAAAUAAAAGGAUGUUGCUGCAGUGUCACCCGAAAUCAUGUUGUCAUAGCGAGCAAUAAACACCAAGUGGUAAAGCCAUUUCUCAGACUAAUGCUGUGCGUCCACCAGCCACAGAUUCAGCAGCCCUGACCCCUUCAUUCUGUCAGCUUUUUCUGCUCGCUGCCUGUUUCCCCUGUGGAGGUCGGAACUCUGCACUGCAACUGGGAGGGUCCGGUGCCCUCAGAUCCCAGUCCUGCCUCUGCCCGGAAGAGAUGGGGAACUGAGGGCACAGGGUUAUUGCUGCAACUGCUGCUGCCCCCAGCAGCUGGCGUUUCCCUGUUCUCAAUGUACUAAACGUUGUUCCAGGUACUUUUAUUGAGUUAUUUGAUUCAAUCCUAAAAAGUCUGUAAGUAGUGAGAGAGGAUACCUGGGAAGGGUGAGGUCCAGGAGAACAGGGCUUCUCAAGGAGACCCCAAGGACACACCUGCAGGGUCCUCUCCAUGGUGACUCAGCUCUUGGGAAUUUGUAGACUUAACUUCCUGGGACCUGAAAAUUUCCACUUCUGUACAAUCCUGUAGUUCUGUGAGGGCUGGAAUAGCUUCUCCUGCUUGAUUCAAACUGACCAGUGAGAAAGAUUAGAACUUUUUGGCUGGAGAUAAAAAGGGAAAGACCAAGCCAGUCAGGGAGCGUGGCCAUUUCCAAUUCUUCUAUACUGUGUGCUCCGCAGCUGAAAUAAAGCCCUUCCUCUUAUA